CGUCUGUUGCGUAGCAGCCGGUGGUCCCUCAGGCUGUGAGGAGCUGAAAGUUAGCAGCUGAAGCUAAAUCACGGAAGAUGGAGAAACUCCUCCGAGCGCUGGCUUUAGUCCUCCUGUGUCACGUCCUGGAGGCGAAGCAGAAAGACUUUUACACGUUUAAGGUGGUGAACAGCAGAGGCAGAUUAGUUUCUCUGGAGAAAUACCGUGGCUCGGUCUCCUUGGUGGUAAAUGUAGCGAGUGAAUGUGGCUUCACAGAGGAACACUAUACGGACCUUCAGCAGCUGCAGAGGGAUUUUGGACCGUACCAUUUCAAUGUGUUGGCCUUCCCCUGUAAUCAGUUCGGCCAGCAGGAGCCGGGCAGCGAUAAAGAGAUCGACAGCUACGUCAGGCGUGUUUAUGGAGUCUCGUUUCCUCUCUUCAGCAAAAUUGCUGUGGUGGGGACCGGGGCCAAUAACGCCUUUAAAUACCUCGCAGAAGCCACAGGGAAGGAGCCUGACUGGAAUUUCUGGAAGUACCUGAUUGAUGCGGAUGGUAAAGUUGUUGGUGCGUGGGCUCCUCAAGUGUCUGUGAAAGAACUUCGACCAAAGAUCACAGAGAUGGUGCGCAAACUCAUCAUCAAGCGCAAGGAGGAGCUGUAGACACACACACACACACACACACACACACACACACGUCUAUUCACAUAAAUUUAUGACAGAAUGUAAAAUGUGAUACUGAAUUAGCACUACUAUGAAAACCACUCACACACACACACACACACACUCACACACACACACACACACACACACACACACACACAAACAAGCCGCUGUCACACAGAAGAACGUCAAGCAUCCAUGAGGUGGACUGUGGACACUACUUUACCUCUUCUUAUUUUGAUCGUUCAUGUUUCAGGAAGUGGGAGGAGCUAAUUAUGCAAAUCUUGGGAAAGAGGGACGUGGGGGGGGGGCAGUGCAGAAAGAAUCAAAUGUAGCUGAUUAGCCAAGACACGUUUACUAAUUUAGUUUAACACUGAAGCUAUGAUGCUAAAGUAGCUAACGAAAUUUGUUGAGGUGUAAUGAUGAACAAAACGCUGAGUUCGGUGACAGAAAAACUCCGCCUUCAGCAUUAGGCCCCGCCUCCAGGUUUAAGAUUAAAUGUCUGAAAGAAAUGUUAAAAUUUUACUCAUCAGAUUAAAAAUGGAUGAAAAGAUAAAUAAAUAGAAAUAAAUAAAAUAAACAAACAGAUGUCAGAUAAUAAAGGUGUCUUGGCCGAUUAUUUACAUGAUUAUUUUUACUGAAUUGUUCCCUUUAAAUACAA